AGAUGAAUCGCAGAUCUUAAAUACGUUAGACGCAAUUAUAUAGUUUUAUGUAUUAAUUUCAAAGCGCUAACAUAAGUUGCUCUAUAUCGCAUUAGGUUUUUCUGGAAAAGUCUGCAAAAUAUAUUCAAAAUGCAAUUGCAUUUGACCUUUUAAUAAUUUUUUUCACUGCUCUUUGUUUAAAAAAAAAGUAUGCUGACUGACAAUAUUGAAGAAUUUUCUGCCUAUUGGACUAGUCCAAAAAUAGUGUUAAAAUGUGUUGGACCAAAGCUCGUCCCUUUCUUCAAAACUGUAGCGAUCUAUUUUGUCUUGUGCACACCUUCUCCUUGCUGGUUUGCUUGCCUCAUCAAGUCUCUUCCGGUGGUAUGCUUGUGUGGUUUUGUCCUUUACCAUGGCAUGAGCCUCGGUGAGAAACAUGCAUACGCUCGCCGAAUCCUGCUUGGCCUGUUCUUCUCCUGUAUUGGAGAUAUCAUGCUCAUAUGGCCCUGUUGCUUCACCUGGGGCAUGCUUUCUUUCGCGAUUGCACAUCUUCUAUAUAUAUCAGCUUUUGGAAUGAAGCCAUUGAAUCCCAUGGCUGGAAUGGUCUGUGCAACAGCUGCUGUUGCUGGAGUCGCAUUAUUGAUUAAUGGAUGUCAAGGUCCAUAUGUCAUUCUGGUUCCUGUAUACACAUUUUUAUUGAUGAUCAUGGUCUGGAGAGCUGUUGCUCGAGUACAGUUGUUUGAAGACUUAUGGACUUGGACUAAGCUGUGUUCAUGUGGCGGUGGGAUCCUUUUUGCCAUAUCUGAUUUUCUUCUGGGUAUGAAUAUGUUUCACUCCCCAUUGCCCUAUGCCAAUAUGUUGAUCAUGGUAACAUAUUAUGCAGCACAACUAGGAAUUGCACUCUCUGUUGUCGACAACACAUCAAUGGCUGUCAUUAGUGCUGCUCACAGUAAUGACAACACUCAGUGUUGCCAACCUUUAGACACUAAAUCUGCUCAAAAUAAGCAUGUUGCAUUCAAAGAAAAUGUUACUUUAAAAUCAUUGCAGAAAAUUCGCUUGAAAACCUAAUGUUGAAGUGUAUUUUCUUGUGGUGGGCAAUUGUUUUUUGGAUAAAUAGCUUUCUUCUGAUCAAUGUGAAAUUUUGUAUUUGUAUUUUAGAUUGGGAGAUCGGUAAACUCUCUAGAGAAGUCUUUCUUGAUAAAAGAACUGUUCUGAUCUUAGAUACAGAAUUAUUUAGAUGAUUUUGACAAUUUGUGUAAUUAAUGUAGUGCAACAUACUCUAAAGGUUGCACCAUUUUCAUACUAUCCUUAACUAGUUCAAUUGUUUUCCUACUUGUGCUUCUUCCAAUCCAUAUGCACUCAUACAAAACUGAAGUGAUAGAUUAAUUAACCCAAUGUUCAGGAAUUUCAAUUUUGAAAUGGAUGUUAAUGUUUUGCAAAAGUUCGUUUGAGAAAGAUAUUUUUACUAUUGCUUAUCUAAAAAUUUUCAAAUACAGUAUGAGACCCCAAUUUUGAAAUCCCAAUAUACAAAACUUUUAUCCUUAGAUAUUUAAAAAAAAAAAAACUUUGAGUUCAGUUUUAAAAGUUUGAAAUUGUUAACUUUUGGCAAUUACUUGUGGAAAAUGCAGUAUUUUCAGUUCAGUCUUUGUUUUUAAGGUUUUUACGCUUCCACCUGUUAUGCAUAAAUAAGCAUUUUGCUGUAACUGUGCAGCUAUCUUUUUUGUAACAUCCACUCUUGGUUAACAAUAAUUUUUUUUGGUUCUCAUAUGUAUGCAAUACAAAGCUUACUGAAUAAAAUACAACAUCAUUUUUAGUAAAAACAUGUUUUACAUAUUGAAUUGAUCAACACAUUACAUAAUAAUAAAGAGCAACAUCCCGGACUACAGGCCACUGCAAAUUAUCUCCGAUUUUUGCUUUAGCUUCAUGAAGUAUACUUUCAUUCAGAUUGAUCAAGAAAUAAAAGAAAUUUAGUUAGAACAAUAGUGAAACCAUAAAAAAUGUGACAAAUACCGCAGGACAGGAGACUUUUCACAAUUUUUGAGUCAGAAUCAAAAUUCCAAAAUCAGGAAAGGUUGCGGCCCUGAGCAUUCCGGAUUUGGUAUCCUAUACUGUAUUGCAUUCAACUGGCAAUAACUCGAAGCCUUAUAGCUCAAAUGUUCCUUUAUUUUGGCGUUUUCAUUUUGUCUCCGACUCUUGAGGAGGCUAUGGGAGCUAUCAAUAACGCAAGUGUUUUAGUCGUUUUCAUGGGACUUCGAGUUAUUGAGAGUUGACUGUCUAUGUUUGUUUUUCGUUAUUGUAUAAGGACAAAAUCAAAGUUAAUAUUUAAACUUUAUAAAUUCUCACGUAAAGUCAAUAUAUUUACCAAUCAAAGCGUAAUAAGUUAUUAAAUUAUAUUUUAACUUAAAAAAAUAAAUAAAAAGCUUUGGAAAAAAAGGGAAUGUAAAAAUAUAGUCACACAACUCAUAAUUGCCCAUCACUUAUGUAAAUAUUGUUGUUUCAUAGUUGUUUGUUCUUAUUACAAUUACAAUGGUUCAAAGCUAUCUCAUUCCUUAUGUUAGUGUAACCUCUUGUGGUGAUAAAAGUACAAUUAUAAUCAUAAAGAUGUUUAUAUGUAACUUUUCUAUUGAUUCCCAUUGUAGCAUUUACAUCAUUACAUCUUUACCAGUAUCUACAUGUUUGUAUUUUUGGAUGUUAAAUUUGUAGACUAAAUGUAUUAUUUAAAAGUAUUUUUGUGAUAAAACUCUUUGUAAAGUGCAAAUUCAUUUUUCUAAGUAGUAGCAAUUAAUUUGCACUAUUACAUGUUUUAAGAUUUUAUGAAAUUAUUACCAUCAAAUUUUCUUUUGAAAAAUUGUCUGAUUUUUUGCUGAACCAGCAAAUUUCCUUAAAAUUAAUUUGUAAUAAUGUUUUUUAUGCGUUUUUAAUCUCCUUGUGAUUGUUACAUAAAGAUACAAAGGUGCCUGAAUACAAAUACUCACAAAGCAAAGUAGUUAUGCAUAAUUAAAAAUGUUUAAUUUACACAUUUUUAUAGUUUAGUGAAUAAGUUGGUAAUUUUGUUUCUGUUCUGUUUUUAACAAACUAAAUCUAGGUCUUUUGGUUUUUCAUCAUAAACCAAGCAUAAAUACAGUGGAUAAAUUUAGAAGCUGUUUAGUGAAAAAAAAAAGUCUUAUCUAAUAAAUUUAAAAAGUGUAUCCAAUUCAUUCAUUUUAGAAAUGCUUUUUAUGGAUACUGUAGAGUGGAAACUGCUAUACAUAUCAUAUGUUUCAACACACCAAAGAUUUUUUCAGAGUUUGUAGAGCUUUUUGUAUGCUGUCUUUUUUUUUUUUUUUUUAAAUCAAAAAGUGAAAGACUGUAUUUGAUGAUGGAAGUGAUGCAAGAAAAUGCGUUUGUCAUCAUAUGAGCAGUUGAGAGGUAAAGUGGUGUAAGCCCUUUAAAAGGAAAAAAAAUGCAUUUUUUCGACCAGAGGUCAGUUUUAUCUUAUUUUUAAGACAUGUGAAAGCAGUUAUGUCUAGGUUCAACCAUUUGCUGAUAUACAGUAAUCAUAAAACAAAACAACUGUAAUGUUUUGUGCAAAAGUAGCUAAUAACCAUUCCAUUGCUCAAAUUCUUGUUUUAUUGACUUAAUGGCUCACAUAAUGUUGGGUUAUUAAAAGUUCGGAAAAAUCUGUCACAAAGUUGGAGUAUUCAUGUUUUAGAAUGCUGCCUCCCCCCUCCCCCUGAAAAAAGAUCUGUCUGAGUUUGGAGAUAAUUUCAUGAUUCAAGAAUUCAAAAGUAGUUUCUGACUUUUAUCUUGAUUCUUUUUUCUACUGGUAUUUCUCAAUCGAAUUGUUUUAGACGUCAUUCUGUUUGAUCUGAAAAUUAUAUCUUUUGUGAUUGGCUACCAUGCAAUUACAUGGUGUGUUUUCAGUGGUGCAGCUAGGAGGGGGGGGGGGUAAAACGACCACCCUCCUGAAGCAUUGGUUUUAACAUAAAUGCAUAUUCUAAUACAGUAGUUGAAACAUAUGAAAGGACUGUUUUGAUCAAGAAACCCCCUCCAGAAGGUUUUUCUGGCUGCGCUAGUGUACGUUUUGACAUCAUAUUUGACAUAAAAUAUUAUAUAGAACAGGAGUUUCCAACGUUUUCAAUUCGUGGCACCAUUUGAAGAAUUUGAAUCUUCUUAUGGCACACUAGCAUAUCUCCGUUGUAUUAUAUGUAUAUACAGUGUAUAUUUAACAGCACCCUUUGCCUCUCUCUACGCCACUGUAAGGUGCCGUGGCACCCACUUUGAGAACCCCUGAUAUAGGAUGUAUAUCGUUUGUUUUAACACAUUGAAAUUUAUUUUUCAGACCCCAAAUCAUCUUUCUUUUAGGGUACUGUUUUCAACUUUCAAUGUGCAAAACAAUCCAAGUUUGACCUGAUAGUUUCCAAUUCAUCAACUGGUAUUAGGAAACUUGUGAUAUGUUUCAAUUUUAUUAUUUAAUAAAAAAUGUAUGAUUAUGAACACUAACUAUUAACUGAACGUUUGAAUUUUCAGAUCUAAUCAGUCUACAUUUGAACUUAACUUCAGAUGCAGGAAAAAAAAGGACUAGUGCUCAUUUUUAAAAACUAAACAAAGCUUUUGAUUAAUAAAACAAGGUUUGUUUGGAAUUCUCCCGACAACCAUGAACUAUUUUUAACUUAUGUACAAGUUGUAUUCAAAGGAUGCAGUUCUGCCUCCAGGAUCGUUAAUGUUUAAUGACAAAAGUUGUAUAUUUUUUCAACAUUCACAUUGCAUACAGUGGGAUAACAUGUAGGGACACCGACUUAAAAAAUAAGAAUCAUCUUGUUACAUAUUUGAAUAAAAAUUUGCUCUUUUUUUGCUUGCUUGAAAAAUUUGCAUUACCCCUUUAUUUAGUUUCUUCUUUAUUGUGCUUGUUUGUUUAAAUUUCCUGCAAUUUUUUCUCCUUUAAUCCAAGUGCAAAGAAACUUCUAUAAGAAAGAAUCUCAUUUUAAAUGGAACUGAAACUCAAAAGUUUACGUUAGCCUCCAUGUUUCAAAAGCAGUAUUAUUAUUAUAUUUUUAAUCAAGAAUUAAGUAUUUUUAUUUUAUUAUUUAAUUGGAUGUUGAAACACAUAUUAUUUGUCACCGAUAUUAUUUGUAUGUGUUGUAAUGGUUAUUGAAUAACCAUUGUUCUCGGUUUUUCACUUCAAUGAAUAUGCUGCACUUUUUAAAAUUAAAAAUACUUACUAACACUGGUUUAUAUGGAAGUUGAAAAAAUGUUGCAAUUAAAUUGUGUGAAAUUAGCAAAUAUCUGCUCCAAAUAAAAUUGUGUACAUAAUGAAAAAAAAAAAAAGGAAAGAAAAAAGAAAUUUGCAUAGUAAAUUUAAAUGGAAUUAUCAAAAAUUUUAAACAAUUCUAUUCUCUGUGUAAUAUAGUUUUUUAGAAUUUCUAUUUUUAAAGGUUUUAUUAUUAUUUAUUUAUUUAUACAUUAAGAAGGAGUCCUUUAAAUUGUACCUAGUUGAUAAAUUAUAUAAUUCUAUUUUUUUACACAAUUUUGAAUUAUGCCAGUCAAAUCACGGUUACCUGUGUAAGCAUAACAAACAAAAAUUUUAUGAUAUUGCACCCAUUUUAUAUCUGUGCCAGGAUGAAAAAUGUGAUUUAAUGUAAAUUUUUAUCUCCUUAGUAGUUUUCUGUAAUUCACUUACAAGAUAUUUUAUGCAUUAUUUAAAAUGUACAUACACACGCACUACAUGCUAUACAUAACAAAUACAAAUUUUUGCUUGAUUUAUGGUUCUCUAAAUAAAUUCUAAUGAAGGUUUUGAAACAUAACAGCAUCUCAAAUACUGAUCCUCAUGCUGUCCAAAACUCAGUGGUCUUUUUUUGUAUGUGUAUUUUUUAUAUUUACAUUCUAGAUUGUGCACACACAUGGUCUUCAUUUUUAAUUAUAUAAUAUUAGGUUGAUAAUCAGGUUUUGGAUAAGCCAGUCAGGUGUACAAAAUUUCAAGGGUUUAAAAUCUGAAACUUAAAGAGAAUAUCAAAUAUUUAAUUUGUGAUGUCCGCAAUAUUAGUAAUAAUUAAUUAUUGAUAAGUUUUAAUGUAUAAAUAUUUGAUCAUAGUCUUUCACUAAAUCACUUGUCAUUUUAUAUUUUUUUUGUGUAAAACAAAAUGUCAAAAUUGAAUGAAUCCAUUAGAAACUAGGUUACUGAUUUUUUCAUGUUAUUCAAAUUUAUUUGUUAUGUGUUAUAUUUUUUUUAUUAACACUGUGUACAGUGUAUAUUCUUAAAGAUUUAAGAAAAACUAAAUAAACAUUU